UAUGCUAAAUAGAUUUUUAGAGGUUACGAAUUUUGAGACAUUUAAACAAGCAAUGUUGGAUUAAAUACACAAGAAUAGAAGAUUUAGCGUAAAUGAGGCAUUUAAAAAAUAGCAAAUAAUAAAUGGGAGUUGACGUUGCCAAUUCCUAUUCGUCAAGAUAGAGAAUCCAACUCAAUGCCUAAAAUUCAUCCUAUAAAUCCGAGUUCCGGUCAAAACAAACUUUUUUUAAACCACGCACUUCUCUGAGGUCACCUUUGUCCCGUUACCAAAUCCUGGCAGAUACAAACUCCAACUCCAAUUUCAACGCAGUUUCAUUCUCUUUCCUUUUCAAUUCUUCUAUAAAUGCCAACAAAUUGACCCAUCAUCUCUUACUACCUUUUCAUCUCCGUUUACCACAAAAACCAUGGCUCUUUUCAAGAAACCUUCCUGUUUUUCCUUGUUCGUGUUUUUCUUCUUGUUCAUGACUCUGUCAUCAGCGUUGGAUAUGUCCAUCAUUGACUAUGAUCUCAAGCAUGGAGGACAACAGCAGAAAGGAAAUGAGACCCAGAUUAGGAGAAUGUACGAGACUUGGCUGGUGAAACAUGGCAAGGUUUACAAUGCCUUGGGAGAGAAGGAAAAACGUUUUGAGAUCUUUAAGGAUAAUCUGAAGUUUAUUGAGGAACAUAACUCGGCUAACCGCACGUACAAGGUUGGUCUUAACAGGUUUGCGGAUUUGACCAAUGAAGAAUACAAGGCCAUGUAUUUGGGUGUCAGGGUGGAUGUGAAAAGUCAGUCACAUAGGCUUGCAGGGAAGGAGAAGAGAGGCAUGUAUGUGUUUAGGGUUGGUGAUAAGCUGCCUAACUUUGUGGAUUGGAGGGAGAAGGGUGCUGUCGUGGCUGUCAAGGAUCAGGGUCAAUGUGGGAGUUGCUGGGCAUUCUCAACUGUUGCUGCAGUGGAAGGGAUAAACCAGAUUGUCACUGGUGAACUCAUCUCCUUGUCGGAGCAGGAGCUGGUAGACUGUGAUGGGCUGUAUAACCAGGGAUGCAAUGGAGGUCUGAUGGACAAUGCCUUUGAAUUUAUUAUUAAUAAUGGUGGCAUUGACACUGAACAGGAUUACCCAUACCGUGCUUCUGAUAAUACAUGUGAUCCAAACAGGAAAAAUGCACGUGUUGUUUCCAUAGAUGGAUACGAAGAUAUCCCUGAAAACGAUGAGAAUUCUCUGAAGAAGGCUGUGGCAAAUCAACCAGUUAGUGUUGCCAUUGAAGCUGGUGGGAGGGCCUUCCAGCUCUACCAAUCGGGUGUAUUUACUGGUCUCUGUGGAACAAGCCUAGACCACGGUGUUGUUGCUGUUGGAUAUGGCACGGAAGAUGGUGUAGAUUACUGGAUAGUGAGGAAUUCAUGGGGUCCUAACUGGGGAGAGAAUGGAUACAUCAGGAUGGAGCGCAAUGUUGCUGGCACCUCCACUGGCAAGUGCGGUAUUGCAAUGAUGGCCUCGUACCCCAUAAAGAAAGGACAGAACCCCCCUAAACCUGCCCCCUCCCCCCCUUCUCCAGUGAAGCCCCCAACCGUUUGUGAUGAUCACUACUCAUGCCCUGAAGGAAGCACUUGCUGCUGCUUAUAUGAGUUUGGUAAAUACUGCUUCGGCUGGGGAUGCUGCCCACUGGAGUCUGCAACCUGCUGUGAUGAUCACUACAGCUGCUGCCCUCAGGAGUAUCCUAUAUGUGACCUUGCAGCUGGAACUUGCCGAUUGAGCAAGGACAACCCACUAGGCGUAAAACUAUUGAGGCGAGGUCCAGCUACAAGUACCCGGCGCCGAACCAAGACAAACAUUAGCAAUGCUUGAGAAGCAAUAGAUUCCUGCCGGGUCGAGGAGGAGAAGCCAACAAAGAUUGCAAUCGGGGGAAAGCUUUUCCUUCUUAAUGACCCAAGUCAUCAGGGAGGGAGGUUGCAACUUACAAGAAAAUAAGAAAAUUUUGUUUGUUUAUAUUCAGCUGCCUCGGUGCACUCCCUUGUUUAUAAAAUCAGCAUAUUUAAUCUUACAGUGCCUUCAAAUGUGUGGUCCUUGCACUAAAGAUACAGAAGAUUUCCAGUGAUUACCUUUCACCAAUUCUGUAUUUUUUUUCCUGCCAUUCUCAUUCAUCCGUGGUUAAUUU